GUGUUUUUCCAUGUAACCACUUAUAGACUUUGUAUUGCAAGGCCAACCACUAAAAGAUUGCCCAGUGACAGAAGUUGGGACUGUGCCCAUCUUUCCUGUUCACUGUGUCCAUCCUCACACUCUUGGCCAGCUCAAUUUUUCAGAUUUGAAAACACAAGCUGAACUAUGAUAACCAAAAGAUCCCCAGAAAGAAUCGAGGAAUUUCUGUCAUUCAUUAAAGAAGAUGCUGUGGACCUCUGUGGAAUCGCACAUUUUGUAAAGUAUAAUCGUGACUUGGCGAUUCCUCUCGUGAAACCAAGAGGUUCAACUCUGAGAAUCUGUGGGCAGGAUGGAACGGUGUAUGAAGGGGAUGAAGAACAGCUUGAAGCCUGGAAGGAUUAUUACCUGCCAGAAAGGAUGGAAAUGGAGGUGAUUGGUGCCAUUGAUGACUUCCCAUGUGACGCAUUUGGUCUGCAGUUGGUGCUUUUGUUGGGUGAAGAUGGACGGGUCUUUGCCUAUGAGGACGAGCUUUUGCACCUCGUAGCCUUGAAUUUGAGGGACCUGUUCCAAUGCGGGAUGGUUUUCCCUGGAAAGGAGACCUUCAAGCUUGGAGAAUGUUUUGAAGAGCCGACUGAAGAAGAAUACCAGGAAAUGAUGGAAAGCGAUGAGGUCAAAAAAAUGAAGAAAUUACACCUGGAGUUCAGACAAUCUCUGGAGAAUGAAUUGCGAAACACCAUGAAAGAUAUUGCACAGAGCCCUAAUGUUGAUAUGCAAAAGCAAGUGGGUUCAGAAGAUUUCACUUCAAGCAUAAAGCAAAGAAUUCAAGAACAAUCUUUAAUAUGCCGUUGCAAGAUGGAGAAUGGAGACAAACUUGAGUGUCCUUACAGGGGUCUUCACCAAGCAAACCAUGGGCUUAUUUUGUCCAGUUAAAUCAAUCCAUAAUCCAUAAUAUUCAUUCUCCUGUCUUUUCAUGUUUUAAUUCACCUUUUAAAUGUAAUUGUAAAGUGUAUUGAUAUGAAAGAAUACACACUUCUUCCUUUAGCUGAAGAGAUUUCACAGUUUUCCUGUGACACCGUUACUGCAGCAAAUCCACAUUAUCCUACUAACAAUGACCUUCUGACAUUUCUGCUUUACUGCUUAACUGUGAAUACUGAAGCCAUUAAAGUGUUACUCCACCCCAAAAUGACAAUUUUGCCAUCAAUCGCUUAACCCCAUGUCAUUACAAACCCGUAAAAUCUCUGUUUAUCUCCGGAGCACAAUUUAAGAUAUUUUGGAUGAAAACCUGGAGAAAAUAACAGUGUCAAGGUCCAUAAAAGGUAUAAAUAAUUGUCGUCAGAAUACUCCAUCUGCCAUCAGACAUGCAAUCUGGGUUAUA